GCUAUUGUUGCUUAUCUCUCUAAGUGUUGUUUCUGGUGUGCUGGUUGUUACUAUGAUUGUCUCUGAUUCUUGGAUAUCUCUUAAAAAUGCAAUCAUAAUCUGACAAAUUAAGUUACGUAAGUUACAUAACAACACUACUGCAAAGCCUUGUAUUAGUUACACUAUGUUAGACUUUCCAAAUGCUUGAUAGUUUCUUAUUUUAUUUUGAAUCAAGUUACCAUCUGUUGUUUUGCAUAUUUUGACAAGGAGACAGGAAGAAUUUUUCUCAUUCUGAAUUGAUUUUCACCCUAAAAGUCCACGUUGGUUUAUGUCCCAGUGUGUACAGAACAUUAUUGUGUUUACAUCAGUAUGUCAGAGGUUGACGGACUGUUUAGCCUGUGAGUCUGUUUGUAUGUGGUCUGGUCGACUGGCGAGGUGCUGCUGAUAGGAAGAAAGGCUCACCAGCAAUAAAGUGCAGCUCACAUACCAACAGAAUCUUUACAUUACCGUCUUCAUCUGAUCAACUGAGCACUGCUGUUUGAAUGCUCCCUUUGAACUUUGGCCUAUGUACCAUGUAGUGAGCAGGCCUGUAUGACAGAGUACUUACAGUUCACAGUGUUUGUUUUACCCGGCUUGAGGUGCCAGAGUGGUGGAGUUAACUGCUCAGUGGAAAGUUGUGGAUUUUGAAAAAUUGUAUCAAAUUGAUUUUCAAACGGUAACACAGGAUUGUUUUUAAUGUCUCUGCAUUUGUAUUGUACUUAGCAAACUACAUUCAUCUGGUACCAGCUUUAAGCUUAAGGUUAAAGUGAAGCAUCUUAAAAAUAUUGAAUCAAGGUAACAACAUAUAAAAAAAGCAAGUGUUGGUGCUGUGUACAUUUUCAGAAUUGGAGGUACCAUUUUACAAUAGUAAUUAUUGUUCUGUAGUUAAGCCAAAGUGGACAAGACAGGAAAUCUUAUUUCUGGCUUUAAAGCUGCACUGAUCAUCACUAAUCAUGGGAGCAACUAGGUAGUAAUAUUUUUAUGACUGGCUCCCAUUAACAAGACUUCAUGUGAAUGCUAAUGAUGUUUCAUUCAUGGUGCAUGUGCAUAAACAGGCAACAGUAUGCUAACAUGUCAGCCGAAACACAAAUAUAUAAAAGUUGCUUAAAAAAGCAAAUCAGUUCAUUCAAAUUUAGGUGAGAUUACUUGUUGGAUCAUAUUGACAAGUUUAUCAAAACGUAGUCUUAAUUUUGAGAAGCACAACCACUACUAGUUAGCAGUUGCAUACCACACUAUAGUGCGUCUAGUAGGAGAUAUGGAAUUACAAGUAACCUUUACCAUAGUGUCAUAAGGAAUUUCUUAUUGAUAUAUUUAUAUUACAGUGCUGUAUGGUUGCUUUUUGUUUUAAAAGAUGGUUAUUUUAUCUGCCCGGCAUGACUGAAGGUGGCAAUUUUAGUUUUCCUCUCUGACUGCAGACCCAGGAAAAAUGUUUGAUAUUAUUCGCUUGUUUGGAGGCCAGUCUGGUGAGAGGGGAGGAAAUGUGGGCACAUAUGCGCAUAUUCAUACAUGCACGCGAAUGUCUUCCAGGGGGCAAAGCUCUUUAACAGAGUGUGUGUGCAUAUCAGAAGUGGAUGGAGGAGAGAAGGGAGAGUACAGUGCAGGCUCCAGACAGAAGUGAAAGAGUCAAUCAGAGAGACCCAGCCAAGCUGAAAUAUCAGACUUUUUGCGCACGUGUGUGUGUGUGAAUAUCUGGAUGUGUGUGUGUGAGUUUUGUUCCAGCUCAGGUCUCUGUCGUUUCAGCGGCACAUUCAUACACAGCAGGCAGGGAUGAGGGAGAGAGAGGAGCUGAGGAGAGCCAUAGAGCAGAGUGACCGACUCCUCUCCAAGGUCCGUGAACUAGAGGAGCAGAACACCCAGCUUAACAAGGAAAAGAAUGAGGUGGCCACUAAAUACCGAGCUGAGCAGGAGAGUGCCCAGGCAUCCGAGCAGCACUGUGUCCAGCUGGAGAAGGCCCGGCGUGAGCUGGAGAGGCAGCUGUCAAGCUUAUCCGACCGUUUGCAGGAGGAGGAAGCCUGCUCAACCCAGCUGGCCCUCCACAAGGACAGGCUGGAAGCUGAGUGCAGCAGCCUCAGAAGAGACGUGCAUGAACUGGAGAGUGUCCUGACUGUAGCUGAGCAGGAUAAACAGUCAUCAGACAGUGAGGUAAGAAGACUGUCAGAUCAACUUCUUCAGAAGGACGAGGUGGUGCACAAGCUGCAGAAGGAGAAGGAACAUCUGGUGGAGCUCAGUCAGCAAGCCAUUGAGGAUUUGCAGAGUGAAGAGGAGAAGGUGAACCUGCUGACCAAAGAGAAAACCAAGUUGCAGAUGCAAGCUGAAGAUUUGGAGUACCGACUUGAGCAGGAACGCCACCAGCGUGGCGAGCUGGAGAAGAGCAGGAGGAAACUGGAGGGUGACAGCAGAUCCACACAGGAGAGUCUGGGAGAGAUGGAGAAGAAUAGGACUGGGCUGGAAGAGCUGAUCAAAAGGAAGGACCUGGAGAUCAGCAGCACCAGCUGCAAACUAGAAGCAGAAGAAGCACUCAACAUCGGACUGCAAAGAAAGAACAAGGAGAUGCAGGCUCGUAUUGAGGAGCUGGAGGAGGAGCUGGAAGCAGAGAGGUCUAUGAGAGCCAAGGUUGAGAAGCAGAGAGCAGAUCUAAACAGAGAACUGGAUGAUCUCACUGAUCGACUGGAGGAAGCAGGAGGGGUCACCGCCACUCAGAUGGAGCUGAACAAGAAGAGAGAGGCUGAGCUGCAGCGCCUGAGGAGAGAUCUGGAGGAGUCCUCAGUCCAGUCGGAGGCGAUGGCAGUGUCUCUGAGGAAACGGCAUAGCGACGCCAUGGCAGAGCUGAGCGAGCAGUGUGAGGCUCUGCAGCGGGUCAGGGCCAAACUGGAGAAGGAGAAGCAAAACCUGAGGAUGGAGUUGGAUGAGCUGUCUGCUUCUCUGGACAGUCUGCAGAAGGCCAAGACGUCCUCAGAAAGCCAGAUAAAGAAGCUGGAGGAGCAGCUGUCAGAGACCAACAGGAGAGGAGAUGACCUGCAGAGAGCCCUGACCGAGCUCAGUGUGGCCAAGAACAGACUCACAGCUGAUAAUGCAGACAUGGGUCAACAGAUGGAGGAGGCAGAGAGCAGAGCCAGCCAGCUGAGUCGCUCCAAGACUCUGCUCCAAUCCCAACUGGAAGAACUGAAGAAACAACUAGACGAGGAGGUCAAGUGUAAGCAGGCGGCCAGCAGCAGUCUUAGCUCACUGCGGCAGGAGUGCGAGGUGCUGAAGGAGCAGCUGGAGGAGGAGCAGGAGAGCAAGCAGGAGCUGCAGCGUCUCGUUUCCAAGCUGAACAGCGAGGUGACGCACUGGAGGGGCAAACACGAGUCCGACACCAUCCAACACGCCGACGAGCUGGAGGACACAAAGAAGAAGCUGGCAACCAGGCUUCAGGAGGCUGAGGAGGCUGUGGAAGCCACCCAAGCCAAAUGUUCUUCACUGGAGAAAACCAAACAGAGGUUGCAGGGGGAGGUGGAAGAGCUCUGCAUGGACCUGGAAAAGGCCAACAGCUGCGGUCAGACUCUGGAUAAAAAGCAGAGGAUCCUUGAGAAGCAGCUCGGAGACUGGAAACAGAAGUGUGAGGAGCUGGUGGCCGAGGUGGAAGGAUGCCAGAAGGAGAGCAGGCAACACGCCAGCGAGCUCUUCAAGCUCAAAACGACCCAUGAAGAGUCCCUGGAGCAGCUGGAGGCCCUGCGCAGGGAGAACAAGGCCUACCAGGAGGAGAUAGCAGACCUCACCGACCAGCUCUCAGAUGGAGGUAAAAGUGUCCAUGAGCUCCAGAAAGCAAAGAAGAAGAUUGAGAUGGAGAAGGAAGAGUUACAAGCCUCACUGGAAGAGUCUGAGGCAGCUUUGGAGGCGGAGGAGACCAAGGUGCUGAGGCUGCAGCUGGAGUUGUCUCAGGCGAGGGGAGACCUGGAGCGCCGACUCCAGGAGAAGGAGGAAGAGACAGAAGCCACUAGAAAAAGCCACCAGAGGGCGUUGGAGUCCCUGCAGGCCAGUCUGGAUGUGGAGGUGAAAGGCAAAGCAGAGGGCCUGAAGCUGAAGAAGAAACUGGAGGCUGACAUCAACGAGCUGGAGCUGCAGGUGGACCUGCUCACCAAGAGCAACGCGGAGCUCACCAAGAACAGCAAGAAGAUGCAGCAACAGAUUAAGGAGCUGCAGGGUCAGCUGGAGGAGGAGGUACGGAGCCAUGAGGAGUGCAGGGAGGAGCAGGCCGCCAUGGAACGACGCUGCACCCUGUUGAUCAGCGAAGGGGAUGAGAAUCGUGCAGCCCUGGAGAGCGCAGAGAGGGCCCGCAAGGCCCUGGAGACUGAGCUGCAGGAGGCCAACGACAAAUACAGUGACCUCAACAACCAGUUCCAGUCGGCUCUGAGUGGGAGGAGGAAGCUGGAGGUGGAUCUCCAGACACUGCUGCAGGAGCAUGAGGAGCUGCAAGGAGAGCUGAGGGGAUCCACAGACAAGGCCAAAAAGGCCAGCUGUGAGCUGGCGCGAGUCGGGGAGGAGCUGCGUCUGGAGCAGGAGCACACCCUCCACCUGGAGAGAGUGAAGAAAGGUCUGGAGGCUCAGAUCAAAGAGAUGAGCGGCAGGCUGGAUGAGGCCGAGCAGAUGGCGCUUAAAGGAGGCAAGAAGAUCAUCCAGAAGCUGGAGGGAAAGGUGAAGGAGCUGGAGCUGGAGUUGGAUUCGGAGCAGAAGCGGCACGCUGAGACUGUGAAGACGCUGCGGAAGAACGAGCGCCGGCUCAAGGAGCUGCUGUUUCAGUCAGAGGAGGACCAGAAGAACCAACAGAGGAUGCAGGAGCUGGUGGAGAGGCUGCAGAACAAGAUGAAGGCCUACAAGAGACAAGUGGAAGAGGCUGAGGAACAAGCUAACAUGAACUUGGCCAAGUACAGGAAGACCGUCCAUGAGCUGGAUGACGCUGAGGAGAGAGCUGACAUUGCAGAGUCAGCACUCACUAAGAUCAGGACCAAGAACAGAGGCAGCUUCGGCAAGGGAUACUCCUCUGGUUACAGCACUCCAUACCCCCGCCUGGUCAGGUCCCCCAGCUCUGUGGGCUCAGAGGGCAGAGGGGAGAAGAUCCUCAAUGAUGACAACGAGUCUGUCAGCUCCCUCAUCCCAGCAUAUCUCGACUCCCUCAAGAAGCUCAUGAUUGACUAGAAACGUGUCUGCAACAGCUCAAACUCACCUGGUGCUACAUCACUCUGGCUCUGACGUCUUGUGAAGAAAUGAAACAUGGUACAGUAUGAAGUCUGAAACAUCAGAGAGGCUGAAACUGCAGUUUCGCAUCACGUUCAGGUGUGUCACCCGUUCAGUGUGUCACCUGUCUGUGUACUGUACAUUCCCACUGAAUUUUUCUAUCAUUUAAUCAUUCCUUCCUCUUUUUGUUAUGAAAGCAGUCCGAUCACAGCUUUAAUAACACAGUCAAGCUUUAAUCCAACACACUUUUCUAUCCACUUCAUAAUGUGAUAUUUGUAUGUUAAAACAGAUUGAAUAUGGAAAACUGUACGCUCGAGGUAACACUUUAUUACAAUGACCGAUUAUAGUCCGUCAGUUACUGAUGAACAUCAUUAACAAAUCACUGAUUUGCAUUUGUAAGUGUCACAACUUAUUACUACCAUAUAUUUUGUUGAAUUGUGCGUUUACAUUAUCCCUCAGUCACCCGUUGCUAUAACUCCUGUGGUGCAGAGAGUGAGGAAGGAAAUCUCAUACUUGUUUGUCAACAGUUUUUGUUGAUUCCUGUCAGUGAUAUUCUGAAGAAGAAGAAUUCUGAGCAAACCACAUACACUUUAUGCUAAAAUAUACACGUUUGUGUACGAAAUACUGGGUGUAGCCAAAUAUUUUCUACCUGCCAGAACAAACCUCAGACGGCUAUCACAGUAACUAUCAAGCGUACAGUCGAUCCAGUUCAACUGGUGAAGCUCGCUGAAUCAACCACGUUGACAGUCCUCAUAAGAAAUGACAUAUAAUUUAAAUAAAUGAAUUGUAAAUGAUUAAUUCAUCAUUAACUAAUGGAUUAUAUAUAUGCCUUAUCAUUAAAGUGUUACCAAUUAAGACAUGCAACAAGGUUCCUUUAUUAUUUUAGGUCAGUAAUAAUAAAUGCAAUGUCAUAUAUUUUACCUUUAACUAUGUGAUAAAGUCCAAGUGUAUCUCUGUCUGAACUUUUAACCACACCUUCAUUAUCACUGCCUAAAUCUGUAACAAGGCUUGGCCAAGCCAUUUUAUUGUUGAAUGUGAAAAUGUGCUUUUUUUUUAAGGAAAUAAAAGACUUUUCUUCUUUUAUUA